AUGCCAGAAACAGUCCGUCCGGCCUUUGCCGACCGGCCGCGUCCUCUGCUCUCAUACGGAAUCCCCUUCCCCGCCGCCGCCGCCCACCAUGUCGUCGGCACUUUUGGGGCCUCAAAAAUCUACAUCAUCUGCUCGGGCUCGCUGGCCCGCAACACAGAUGCUUUGGACCGUCUGACAGCGGCGCUAGGACCGGAAAAGGUCGUAGGCCGCCGGAUCGGCAUGCAGAGCCAUACCCUAUGGUCUGAAGUCCUGGAAAUCGUGCACGAUGCGCGCCGCGCUGAGGCCGAUCUGCUCUUGACGUUGGGCGCAGGCAGCCUAACCGACGGAGCCAAGGUGGUCGCAUUGGCUCUUGCAAACAACGUCCAGACGGCCUCCGACCUGGCCACUCUAGCCGCGGGUCCAGACCAACGCGCCGACAUCCGUCCACCCACCAUCCCCAUCAUCUCCAUCCCCACCUCCCUCUCCGCAGGUGAGUACUCCAACUUCGCCGGCGCAACGGACGACACCACCCGCCGCAAGCACGCCUUCCAGGCGCCGACGCGCGGGCCCCAGCUCGUCAUCCUCGACCCGGACCUCGCAACCACCACCCCGCCCGCCAUCUGGCUGAGCACGGGCAUCCGCGCCGUAGACCACUGCGUCGAGACGCUGUGCGCCACGACCGGCACCACCGAAUCGACAGACGCGCACGCCACGCACGCGCUGGAGCUGCUCGUCCCGGGUCUGCUGCGGUGCAGGCGUGACCGUGCCGACCGCGACGCGCGCCUGCAGUGCCAGCUUGGCGCUGUGAACGCCAUGGCGGCGUUGACGGGCGGGUCGGUCGAGCUGGGCGCCAGCCACGGGAUCGGCCAUCAGCUGGGCCCGCUGGGGGUCGGGCACGGCGAGACGAGCUGUAUCCUGCUGCCGGCUGUGUGCAAGUUCAACGCAAGGCACGGCGCCAAUCGUGAACAGCAGGAGCGGGUGCGGCAGUUUCUUGUGCAGAACGCCGAGGUGGCGCGCGUGCUGCGCGAUCGGGGCGUCGAUGGCUCGUCGGCGGAUCUGGGGGAUGUCUUGGAUGCGAUCAUUCGGGAGCUGGGGAUGCCGCGCUCGUUGAAGGAGGUCGGGGUGGGCCGGGAUGCGCUGGACGAGCUGGCGGCCAACAGUCUGCAUGAUCGCUGGUGCAAGACUAAUCCCGUGCCGUUGACUGAGAAGGGACAAGUGCUGGAGAUCUUGGAGAUGGUCGUGGAGUGA